AUGACACCCAACGGUGGCCAUGAUGGCAUUGGCGGCCAUGUCACUCCAAUGGCAGACAUGACACCCCAAGCCCAGCGUGCCCCCAAAGUGUCCCCGUCGUGUCCCCAGGCGGCGCUGGUGGAGAAGCGGAUCCUGGCGCGUGUCCACAGCCGCUUCAUCGUGUCCCUGGCCUGCGCCUUCCAGACCAAGACCGACCUCUGCCUCGUCAUGACCAUCAUGAACGGCGGCGACCUGCGGUACCACAUCUACAACGUGGACGAGGAGAACCCCGGCUUCGCGGAGCCGCGCGCGGUUUUCUACACGGCGCAGAUCCUGCUGGGGCUGGAGCACCUCCACCAGCACCGCAUCGUCUACCGCGACCUCAAACCCGAGAACGUCCUGCUGGACGAUGCCGGCCACGUCCGUCUGUCCGACAUGGGCUUGGCCGUGGAGCUCAAGGAUGGAGAAAGCAAAACCCGCGGCUACGCCGGGACCCCAGGGUUCAUGGCCCCCGAGCUGCUGAAGAACGAGGACUAUGAUUGGUCGGUCGAUUACUUCACGCUGGGGGUGACGGUCUACGAGAUGCUGGAGGCCAAAGGCCCCUUCCGCCGGCGGGGGGAGAAGGUGGAGAACAAGGAGGUGACGCGGCGCAUCCUGAACGACCCGGUGACCUACUCGGAGAAGUUCAGCGCGGCGGCGCGCGAGGCCUGCGAGGGGCUCCUGGCCAAGGACCCCCAGGCCCGCCUGGGCUUCCGCGACAACGACUGCGCGCAGCUGAAGGCCCACCCCUUCUUCAGGAGCAUCAACUGGGGGCGCCUCGAGGCCGGCCUGGUGCCCCCCCCGUUCGUGCCGGACCCCCGGCGCGUCUACGCCAAGGACCUGGGCGACGUGGGGGCCUUCUCCACGGUGAAGGGCGUGGAGCUGGACGCGGGCGACGCGGCGCUGUGCGACGCCUUCGCCUCGGGCACCGUGCCCAUCCCCUGGCAGGAGGAGCUGAUCGAGACCGGCGUCUUCGAGGAGCUCAACGUCUGGGGGGCCCCGGGGACGCUGCCCCCCGACCUGGACCCCAGCGCCGCGGCGGGCGCGGGCGGAGGGAAGUCCUCCACGUGCCAGCUGCUGUGA